CAAUUUAUACCCCGCCGCCCCCACGCCGCGGCCGCCCAGCCAGCCAGAGCCCCCAGCCGCGGCCGCCUCCACCCCUCGACGCGCCGCCAGCGACCGACGAGCCGGCGACCAGGCGCGCCCCGUCCUCGGCUCGGCUGCCCGGGUCGAUCCGCGCGCGAUGGGCAGCCUCGGCGGCGAGGAGCGGCCGGCGGAGGGGCGGCGGCGCCCGCGGUUCCUGUGCCUGCACGGCUUCCGCACCAGCGCCGAGAUCAUGCGCAAGCAGGUGCUGGGGAAGUGGCCCGCCGACGUCACCGCGCGCCUCGACCUCGUCUUCGCCGACGCGCCGUUCCCCGCCGAGGGCAAGUCCGACGUCGAGGGCAUCUUCGACCCGCCGUACUACGAGUGGUUCCAGUUCGACAAGGGUUUCACGGAGUACAGGAAUUUCGACGAGUGCCUGGCCUACAUCGAGGAGCUGAUGAUCAAAGAUGGCCCCUUCGACGGGCUGAUGGGUUUCUCCCAGGGUGCCAUUCUAUCCGCGGCGCUUCCCGGGCUGCAAGAACGAGGGCUGGCCCUGACAAGAGUUCCCAAGAUCAAGUACCUGAUAAUCAUCUGCGGCGCCAAGUUCCGGUCUCCGACCCUGGUCGAGAAGGCGUACGCCAGCAAGAUCACUUGCCCCUCGCUUCACUUCAUCGGUGACAACGACUUCCUCAAAGCUCAUGGUGAGAAGCUCAUAGAAUCAUGCGUGGAUCCGUUCGUAAUUCGUCACCCAAAGGGCCACACAGUUCCAAGGCUUGAUGACAAGUGCCUUGAAGUCAUGCUCAGUUUCCUUGAGAAGAUCGAGAAGGAGACAUCCGAGCAUGCAUCCACCGAUGUUGACGAAAAAGAAGUGUGCUUGUGAUAGGACUUCAGGUUAUUAGCAUCUGAACGCUCAUGGUACUCGUAUACUGUAGAAUAAACAUUCAACUGUGGCCUCGCUAUUUUGAGGCACGGCUAUUCUGUACCAUGGUGAAAGAAUGAUCAUGUGUAUCUUUUAUUUACUCCAAACUGAAUAUCGUUCAUGACAUGGCUGUAAUAUAGUGUAUCACUUUAGAUGAUAAAUUAUUAAAAUGUUACGUUUCUGUA